UGAGGAAGAAGAGGGAGGACCACAGUUGAGCUCAACUCGGAUCUCAGGUCCCACUUUGCUACAGCAGGAAUUCUGGGGGAGACGGCACAUGGACCGUCCGGAAACCAAGACAUGAAAGGGGUGGAGACUAUCUUCUGUCACCUUUUCCAUUACGAAGAUAUUCUACCGAAGAAAACUCAUUCUCGCAAUUGGAUAAAGCAUUCAGAAUUGGAUUAUCAUAAUUGUAUUUCUACAGUGGCCAGUGUGCACGGUGUAUUUGAAACCGUCACAGACACGUUUUUACAUUUUACCGCUGCCGAGUGUAUUUUCAAUUACGCGUUUACAAAUCCCUGCCUCCGGUCACAUGAUUGGUCGAACGCAUUGAGGUAAAGAUUGUGAAACGCCCCUUUCACAUAGAUUGCAGCUACAUUUCAUCCAAAUUCUGAUUUGUGAGAAUAGAGUUUGCUAUAGUGCGCACCAGUGAGUGUCGAGACUUGGAACUGAGCGGGUUGCUGGUCAGUGUCUUCAACUGGGAGGACCUCUUAGAUCAACCUACAAUGUUUUGGACAUUGCUGAGCCGAAGUGUUCUAAUCUGUGGAUUGGUAACAUCUCAUUCCCUGACCACGCCCACGGUCCCCACGACCAUCUCCAAAGAAGGACCUUGUCGUAUUUACAACUCUGGCCGUUCUGCAGACUGCCUGGGAAGACAGCUCGACCGCAUUCCCUGGAGACAAUUUCCCUCCACACUGGAGAAGGUGGAUCUCUCCUACAACAAACUUCAGGCUGUCUAUGCUGAAGACUUCCAGAAUCUCCCCCAUCUUCAGGUCCUUCAGCUGCAGUUCAAUAACCUUUCCCACAUUGAUGAAGAUGCCUUCAAGCACAACCCCAUCCUGGAGUCUCUAAAUAUAUUCAACAACUCCCUGCGUGAGAUCCCUGCCUCAGCUCUGAUUUCGCUUAUGAAUCUCAAAAAACUCGACAUGUCUAAUAACCUCUACAAACGUGCCACCUUAGUGGAAGGCUUCUCCAAACUGGUCAAACUCAAAGUCCUUUCCAUGGGAGGACCCCUGGUCAUGGGACUCAAAAAGGGGGACUUUCAGCCAUUGAAAAACAUUAAAUUACAAGGCUUUGCUAUCAAGUGCACUUCCAAUUUGAGCUUCUAUGAACUUGGUAGUUUAGAGGUGAUCCAGACACAGCAGAUGGGAUUUGAUAUGGCAAUUGACCAAAGACCUCAGGCUCUCCCUUUAAUGCUGAGUGAUAUUGCAAACAAGACCUUCACUGCCAUUCAGUUCCGCAACCUAUUUGGGUUCAUGUACUUCUCGGGCAAGGAAGACAUUUUCUUCAAUUUAAGGUACGUUAAGGCCUACCAGCUCAUCUUUCAUCGUGGAAAGUUCAACGAGAAUCUUCUACGGAUGGCCUUAAGGAACAUACAGGAGGCCAACAUUGUUAAGAGACUGAGGCUUCAGUACAUCGACUUUGCUCGUUCACCUACGUUUGAAGACAGCGGUGGAGGAUCCAGCAUAACAAACCUUAAAUUGGAUGGAUUGGAUCUGUGGUACAUCAGUAAUCCUGAUGUGCUGCGAUUUGACUGGCGCUUCACUUGGUUCAACAAGGUAAAGCAGCUGUCCCUCCAGUAUGUGUACUUCAACUCGGUGCCGUGUGAUGCCUGGGCAGAGAUGGGGAGUGCGGAGACGCUGGACGUUUCCAACAACCGUCUGCAGGACUCUGUGCUCUACAACAAGAGGUGCGACUACACGGGUAGUGUGCCCCAUGUUCGCAUCUUCAACGUGAGCACCAACAGCCUUGUCAGCCUGAAGGAGAUGUCAUACUUGACUCAGGAGUUUAAGCGACUAGAGGUUCUUGAUCUGAGCCACAACAUGCUGGGUUCCUUUGAGGGAAGCAGGGAUUGCGUGUGGAAGCCAAACAUCACCAGACUGAUCGCUCACCACAACCAGUUUGUGAGUGAGGCCCUGCAGUGUCUGCCCACCACCAUGCAGUUCCUUGACCUGUCCAACUGCGGCCUGGGCCAGCUGGACAUGACCUUCUUCAACCGAACCACCCAGCUCAUUGAACUGCUACUCAGUGGCAAUAAAAUCAAGUUCAUCCCUCCGCACUGGCGGAGCGCCUACCUGCGUUCACUUACUCUGGACGGCAACUCGUUUGGGGUCAUCAGCGUGGAAUCCUUCCGGGAGAUGCCUCUACUGUCUCAACUCAGUGCCGGCAAUAACCCCUACCAUUGCACAUGCGAGCUCCAUGCCUUCAUCCAGCAGACCCAGUCUCAGGGGAAAGUGACCCUCACGGAGUGGCCUGAGAACUACAAGUGUUAUCACCCGGAGCCCUUCCUGAACACUAUCAUAGCCAAUUACCUCCCUGCACACGUGGCCUGUGACAUACGGCUGGUGGUGGUCAUCUCGGUUGCCGUGACGGCCGCCGUGGUGAUGAUACUGAUGCUGAUUUGCUACAUUUUCAAUAUUCCAUGGUAUGCAAAGGCCACCUACCAAAUUGUCAGGGCGAAAUACAGAGCCCACAAGGAGAGGGCGGCCGGGGAGGGGGAGGUCUUUGUGUACCACGCCUUCAUAUCCUACUGUCACUCAGACGGAGACUGGGUCAGGGAUCAGCUCCUGCCCUGCCUGGAGAACAACAGGGACCCGUACCGUCUGUGUAUUCACGAGAGGGACUUCAUGCCUGGAAAGUGGAUCAUCGACAACAUCAUCGACAACAUUGAAAACAGCCGAAAGGUGAUUUUUGUACUCUCCCGGCACUUUGUGAACAGUGAGUGGUGCAACUACGAGCUCUACUUCGCCCAGCAGAGAGCCAUGGGCAAGACGUUCAGCGACGUCAUCCUGGUGGUGAUGGAGCCCAUCGACCCCCACUCCCUGCCCAGCAAGUACUGCAAGCUGAAGAAGAUGCUGAGCACCAAAACCUACCUGGAGUGGCCGCAGCAGCCUAAGCACCAGCCCUUCUUCUGGGCACAGCUGAAGAGCGUGCUGGGCAAGCCAUCUCUGACCAGAGGCAGAGCUGGCAGUACAAGGAGCAGGGCGGACUCAGAGGGUAGGGUGUCCAUGAUAGAGCCCCCCAUGGAGGUGGACCAGCCAGAUCACGGGGUAAAUAAAGCAGAGCUCCACGGAGAGGAAAUUGAAACUUAUAAAGAACUAUUCCUCAAGCCCAUCCCGAUAGCAACGCAAGACAACGCUAUCUACACGAUGACUUCCCAACUGGAGAGCGCCAUGGAAGGCCUGAUCAAAGUGUUCCACUCCUACUCGUCCAAGGAGGGAGACAAGUACAAACUGAGCAAAGCUGAGAUGAAGAGCCUUCUCCAGGGGGAACUCUCUGAGUUUUUGGCUGGAAGUAGCGAUCCGCUGGUGGUGGAGAAGAUCAUGCGGGACCUGGAUGAGAACCAGGACGGGGAGGUGGACUUCCAGGAGUUUGUGGUUCUAGUAGCGGCGCUGACCGUAGCCUGCAAUGAGUUCUUCAUACAGAGCCAACUGAAGUAAUCCCCCCAUCGCCCCCCACCCUAUGCUCCUCCAUAGAAUCUGCAAUCCAGAUCGAUUUUGGUAAUUUACGAAACAAAACAUUUCUGCCAAAAUCGAUAGUAUGUCCACCUCAGUAUUGGGGUGUUGUAACUGGCAUAAGAUGACUUUAAUUUUGUUGUACCACUGUUUUGGAGAGGUUAGCUGACUACCUAAGCUCUUUUUGUUCAUCUUUGUCAAUAAAGAUGUCCUGUUCUGCACACAAAUAAAUAAACUAUAUUCUACAAUUAAUAAUGCUUACACUUUUUUUCCUAAACU